AUGCCACCUUCCAAGGAAAAUAAUCUUAUGUGCAUCUUUGACUUGUGCAACAGCUUCGAAAACAUCCUGGCCAGAGGGAUCAGCAGAUACUCAAGAUCUGCCAUGUAUUCCCAGUGGGCCAUGUACAAACGCAAGUACACUGCACCCAAAACCCAGAUUGAAAGGAGAAAGAAAGAGAACGUGACUGCUACCAUCUCAAAGCCAGUUGGUGGGGAUAAGAAUGGAGGAAACCAAGUGGUAAAGAUCCACAAAAUGCCUAGGUAUUACCCUACUGAGGAUGUGCCUAGGAAGCUGCUAAGUCAUGGCAAAAAGCCCUUCAGCCAGAAUGUGAGGGGACUGAUCUAUCAUCACCCCGGGCAUGGUCCUGAUCAGCUGGCUAGUGGCUUGCUACUGGUGACUGGACCUCUGACCAUCAACCGUGAUCCUCUGAGAAGAACCCAUAAGAAAUUUGUCAUUGCCACCUCUACUAGGGUUAACCUUUCAGGUGUGAAAAUUCCAAAUCAUUUUACUGAUGUUUACUUCAAGAAGAAGAGGCUCCGUAAACCUAGACACCAAGAAGGAGAGAUUUUUGACCCAGAAAAACAGAAAUAUGAUGUUAUAGAGCAACACAAGGCUGACCAGAAAGCCAUGGACUAUCAGAUCCUGCCGCAGAUCAAGAAAAUUCCUCAGCUCCAUGGCUACCUGCAUUCUGUAUUCUCUCUCUCCAAUGGAGUCUAUCCUCACAAACUGGUGUUUUAA